GGUAAAGGUAGCAGUAAUGCUGACGUUGGCAAGCAAACUGAAGCGGGAGGACGGUCUCAAAGGGUCCCGGACGUCAGCCACGGCCUCCGACUCCACUCGGAGGGUAUCUGUGAGAGACAGGCUGCUUGUUAAAGAGGUUGCGGAGCUUGAAGCUAAUUUACCAUAUGAGGGUUACUACCAGGGUGGAAAAUUUCAGUUUGAAACUGAAGUUCCUGAUGCGUACAACAUGGUGCCUCCCAAAGUGAAAUGCCUGACGAGGAUCUGGCACCCCAACAUCACAGAGACAGGCGAAAUAUGUCUAAGUUUACUGAGAGAACAUUCGAUUGACGGCACCGGCUGGGCUCCCACAAGGACAUUAAAGGAUGUUGUCUGGGGAUUAAACUCUUUGUUUACUGAUCUUUUGAAUUUUGAUGAUCCGCUGAAUAUUGAAGCUGCAGAACAUCAUUUGAGGGACAAGGAGGACUUCCGGAAUAAAGUGGAAGACUACAUUAAGCGUUACGCCAGAUGAUAGGAGGAGGAGACGGUGGGGCUGCGGACUGUGUGUUGUAGGCUUGUCUCCAACCUCAACCAAGAGGGAGCCCCCCUCCCUAGUCCUCGCUCCCCUCAGACCCACAGGGUCAUCCACAUCCUGUGACCAUGCUGUCCCGAGGAAGAACCUCUUCACGGCUGCCCAUUGUAGAUGGAGAGUCCCACAUAAAUACAGCAAGAAAAUGUGUUUGGGGUUCUAAAGAGUUGUCUGCUUCCCUUAACAUGUUUACUUUUUGGAAACUGUACUGUAUAGGCUAUUGAGAGAUUCCUGAGAAGUUGUAAUGAACUCAGAAUUGAGGCUAGCGCUUGCUUCUUCCCCUUUUCCCAAAAUCCUUCCCCGCACAAGUGAUCCUGAUGACGUGCUCAGUGUAGCUCGCAGAGGAGCGGUGAGAAACCCGCUGCAUACUGUGAUUGGAUGCCAGUUCUCUUAGCCCCUCACACGGAUGUUGGCCCUGCCUAGAUGUCGUGAAGCUUCCCAGAAUGCGUAGUCAUUCACUGUAGAUCUCUUACUGAAAUGCGUAUUUUAUUUAAUGUAAGUAUAUUUUGGAACAGAUUUGUAAUUUGUACAAUUUAAUGCUUUAAUUAUUUUUUUCUAUUCUCAUUUAGUUUGUAUUUUCAUUGUAUAGAGCAGACAGAAAGAUGUUGGGUCAAGCAACUAUUGAAGAGAAAUACAAAGAAAACAUGAAAGACACAUUAUUCCUUCUGUCCAAAUGAAACAAGAAUUUGGCUUUUAAAAAUCAGCUCUUGCUUUUGGGUCCAGAUGGGGCGAGGAAGUUUUGGAUUUUGAAGCUAGAUCUGGAUGAUUUUUGAAAAAGAAAAAGGACAGAAAAAAGGCAGGGAGCCCUUUCUCACAUACUGCCCAGAGGAAACUGGCUGGAGCCCAGAGCAGCUGGGGGCUUGGUGUUUCCACAGCAGUCUUGUGGUUGUGAGCCAGUGGGCAGCGCCAGAGAGCCAGACCCUCGUGACCUGAGGGACAGGACAGAUAACCUCGGGAAUCAGCCCACCAAUGUCUGAUGUCACUGAGACCAUUCCUGUGGCCUUCUGAGUCUGCUGCGGUUCCAGGUCUUGGGGGCGCCUCCUAGGCGUGGAGGGCCAGGAAUCAGCAGCAGCACAUAGCCAUAUUCGGUCAGGCCAAUACACUUCCGAGUAAGAACGCUAAGGAGGCAGAUGGAUUUAUUCCAGCAUUUAGACAUCUGAACGAGUGAAAUCAAAUGCAAAAUAAAUGUAUGGUUUUCACCUGC